CUCCAGUGAUUUUCGAACCUACCUGUGAGAAUGUGGUGCGGUUUUUGGGCGAUCUUGAGUUUGCUGCUGGGAAUUUCGCAGGCCCGCAAGGGAUUUGGACCUGGCGAGCAGGACUGGGGCUACGUGGAUGUCCGGGAGGGGGCCCACAUGUUCUACUGGCUCUACUACACCACGGCCAAUGUGAACAGCCACACGGAGCGCCCGCUGGUCCUGUGGCUCCAAGGUGGACCCGGUGGCUCCUCCUCGGCCCUGGGCAACUUCCGGGAACUGGGACCCGUGGACUUGAACGGUGCACCGCGGCAGGGUAACUGGGUGCAGCAUGUCAAUGUGCUCUUCAUCGACAGUCCCGUGGGAUCGGGCUUCAGCUAUGCGGACAACACCACUCUGCUGGUGGCCAACAACGAUGAGCUCGUCGACGACCUCAUGACCUUCAUGUUGCACUUCUACAAGUUGCAUCCGGAGUUCAAGAGCGUCCCGCUGCACAUUUUCUCGGAGAGUUAUGGUGGCAAAAUGGCCCCUGCAUUGGCCAUCAAACUGGACAAGGCCAUGAAGGCUGGUGAACUGGCGGAGCCCCAAAUCCUAAAGUCCGUGACCAUCGGUAAUCCCUGGAUAUCAACGCGCCACAUCUGCAAGGAGCACUCCAAAUACUUAUUUGUCAACGGACUGAUCGACGAGGAUGGUGUGGCGGUGAUGGAUGCCCAGGAGGAGCGAAUCCUCAGCGCCCUCAAAAAGCACGAAUUCGAAAAGGCCACCGAUGAGUACUUGACGUGGUACGAACUCAUGGAGAAGCUCACGGGUGAAGUCUACCUGUAUAACACACAGACCCACUUCGAUCCAGCAGACGAUCACACUUACGGCUAUGGAGAUGAACUAAAUCGCCUGAUGGAGGAGGAUGUGAGUAAGGCCCUGCAAAUAAAUGGCAGUGUCUAUGCCUCCCAAGUCAUCGAUGUGCUCACCAUGCUGCACGGAGAUCGCCUUAAGUCGGAUAUUAAUGCAAUUCCGCUCCUGCUGAACGAGACCUCCGUUAAGAUAAACAUUUAUUCCGGUCAGUUGGACAUUCUGGUGCCCACAUCAGCCACUCUGGCCGUGAUCAAGGACUGGGCCUGGAAGGACAAGUCGGAAUAUUUGCAGGCCAAUCGUACGGCCAUUGUCAUCGAUGGCAAACUGCAGGGCUAUGAAAAAGUCGGUGGCAACUUUGGAAUGUACUGGAUCAUUAGGUCGGGACAUUUGGCACCCGCCGACAACCCAACCGCCAUGAACUAUGUCCUACACUCCGUCACCGAAUACGACAACUAGUCACUCGAAUAGCUUUGCUAGCUAAUAAUUAAUUGUUAUACUAAACAUUUUUAUUUAAUGUACCCCAAAUAUACGAUCGAUUUUGAAUCUAA